GCCCUUCAACCCCAAUACUACGUCUUCCUAAUUAUUAUCAAUUUUAUUCUUUAAGGAAACAGUAGGACAAAAUUCUUUUCACCAUAGACUUUUUUUCUUUUUCAGGUGACUAUAUUCCACUCAUUUCACUGUGGUUUGCUUAAUAUAUGAACGUUGAAGAUCUGUCUAAGAAGCAUACAAACUCUUUGCACCAAGCAGAGAAUCGGCUAUUGCAAUGUCAACUGGAAUUAAAUUUCUAUUUGACAAAAGCUUCUAAUGUCAUACAUGGCUUGCAAUCACAUAUAUUACGGACGACCUGCCUGGAAGCUACAAAUCAUGCAAACAAAUUACUGUUACAGCUAAAUGAAGGAGGACAGAAAAGCGAGGAGAAUGAUAGAAGAGCCAGUAAACUCGAAGAAGUUAAUGGUUCUUUGACUUCUGAUAUUGUUCAGCUCAAAAGUAAAAUUUCUUCACUAGAAGCAAACAUAUCACAAAAUUUAGAAGAUAUGAGUAAGUUGCAUAAACUAAAUUUGGAAAAUUCUGGACAAGAAGAAUUGCCAUUGAUGAAUGCUGACUCUGAACACGCCGAGUCGAAAGCCUCAUACAUGUCACCGGACAAAACUAAUUUAUCAUCGUCGAAUGCCGAACAAGUCGCUCGUCUUCAUCGUACAAUUACAGAACUAAAGAAAUCGUAUAAAGAAAAAGAUUCUGAUUUGAAUAAGCUACAUAGCGCGCUCUCGGCUAAAGAGUCAGAGUUAAAUAGAUGGAAGAUCAAACUGGAAACAGAAGAGUCCAACUGGAAAGUUCGGCUACAAGUCUUAGAAUCGAAAGUAGCAACUCAAGGUAAGAAACUAAGAAAAAACGAAGUAAAACGAAGUAAAAGUACGCUUAUUACCCCUGGUCUUACUUCUUCAAAUACAAAAUCUCCAUUGAGUCCUGCCUUGAGAAGUCCCCCCAAAAAAUCACCUCUUCGUGUUACUCCUUACCUUCAAAGAACAUCAGCCAUUGUAGGGUUACCAUCUAGCCCUUCUCAAGCUUCUCCUACGAUCAGAUCUGGUAUUACUACGACUACCCAAACACCUAAUAAAGAUUCUUCCUUAAUUGGAAGUGCAAGAAAAGAGACAGAUCAUAAUAAUAUAGAUAGUGGAAACGCAGAAGAAAAUCCAGCGUCUUCACGACGGCUUUCUUCUCUUACUCCUUCUAAGAUACCUUUGCCCACGAGAAAAAAAAGAAAGUUCGAAACGGACAAUACAACAAAGUUUGAGGAAUUGGAUGAAUCUGAUACAAGUAUGACAAUGGAGGUUCCACUUCAGACGAAAGUUACCCUGCCUCGAACGAUAAGUCCUCCAAAAGCCAGAUCUGAAAGCCUUGUUGCUUUAAAGGACAAGUUUAAGAUGAAAAAAGGUGUCUAAUUUACGUUUUGGACUGUUUAAUUGACAAAUAUUGUUGCUAAUAUUAAUUUAAUUAGUGUUAUAAUGAUCUGUAUAUUAAGAACUUGUUCACAUUUUGCUUCAGAUUACAUUAAAAAGAAUCGUUAAAAAGGUUAUCAUAAUAUCAUACUCUUAUGCCAGAAUACUUUCGUUGUCACUAUCCCAUUCCUCCAUGGCUCCUGCUCUUUCGCCAAGCUGCUGUACCAGCCGCAGGCCACAUAACUCUUCCACAUAAUCGGAAUCAUUAAUUGCUUGCAAAACAAAAUCCCACUUUCGCUUCUUCCAUUCGUUGAUAAUGCACUCGCUGCAAGCGGAACAUUGUUGGUAAGCCUUUCCAGAUAUUUUAAAUAAACUAUAAUCAUGUAAAAAACCACGAAUUUGAUGAGGUAAUUCACCCAGAACCGUAGCGUCUUUGUUGCAUACUGGGGCACCAAUCCUAAUAAAGGUUAAUAUCUAGAGCUGAAUAUAACUUUGACGUACCCAUCUGGAUGUUGCAGAAGGCUAACAAAUAAUUCCACUGCUAUUGCAGUUGCAAUAUUGGUGCAUCCUGCACGUGUUACUGUACAUGUUUGAUCUAAAGUUCUGUCAAUCACAGAAUUGGAAGGAGCAAAAACAUCAUUGCAAAAGUAGCAGCCAAGACGAUUCUCUCCUUGAGACAAACUUCCAUGUCUCAUAACAAGCCAGCUAUCAAAACCAAGUGCCGAGUUAAUUAAGAUUUUGUUCAAUGAUGUAGCCAUAACUGUCGGAAGCCAGCGCGAUUCUCUGGUAUCUGUCAAUAAGAAGAUGGCAUCGUGGCUUAAAAAAAGAUUUUCUAAGGUCUGAUAAUCUCUCUUGGUUCUCUCAACUUCAGACUUGUAUAUUGGAUGUCCUAACAUCGGAAUACUUAUUGAAUGGCCUUCAGAAAACUAAAAAGUUAGUUUUAGACUUAAGAUGGCUUGUCGUCUUACCAUUUUUGGGUAAAUUUCCUUUAACCUAGAGGCUGCACAUUGAGCUUUAGGGUGUUUUCUUUUACAAUCUUCAAAAGUGAACAAUGAUUGUCUUACAGGGUUGGAAUAAGCUACGUUCGAGUAGUCAACAAAAGUAAUGUGACGCACACCCCAAGACUAUAUUUGUUAGCGUUUUCUUCAAAGUCCAAAGUCAUACCACAAGGUUCCUAGCUACACCACAACCCAAAGUUCCAGCACCAAGGAGAAGACAUUUGGUAUUUUGAAUUAUACCAAGGUUAAGCUGUGGUACGAGCCUCCAUCGCAUUAAGCUCAAGUUGAGCAUCGAAGCGGACUCGGAAAGUAAGACCGGGUCAAUUAAAGAGGACAAGUUUACUACCCUAGGACCUAACUGACCUUUGCCAUUUCGUUCCCAACCUACAGUAGAUAAAGGUUGAGAGGAAUCCUGGUUCUUUUGACUGACUAAAUCUAAGUAUAUACUUCUGGACAAACUAUCCGAAUUCACACCAUCUCGAUACAUAAUUAUUCUCGUUUUCUCCAGAUUGAAUUUAAUUGAAAGAUAAGCAAGGAGAUUUCGCGUAGGCCAGGAAGGAUAUUCUUGUAAUUGAAACGAGUCUACAACGAAAAUAAAAUACUAAAAAGGUUAAUUUCAAGAAGAAAGAAAACUCAAAUUGUUGCACAGUAACAAUUUUAGUACGUACAUCCAAUCUAUUGUUAAGGCACCUUGGCAACUCUUUCAAAGGAAGUACAAGCCAUCGGCCAUUCUCGUUCUUUGCAACAAUAAAAAAAGAUCUUUGUGUAAAAUCCGAGGUUUUCCAAAACUCUAGAAUUUUAGGCGAGAUGAUAUUUGAAGGAAUGACGGAUUCUGCAGGCUGCGAACCCUUGACGAUCCAGAGAGAUGUAUUUUUUAAAGAUGGAAAAAGGCACCAAUAAUGAUAACGAUAGGAUUUUAUGUCUGCAUAUGAAAAAAGUAAAAACUGAAUCAACUCGUUUGGCUUUUCGGCUACCGUAUCCUUUUCAAUUGACUCCAGUAACUAGCAAACAAUUAGUCAAGUGUGAUUUACAUUAUUCGCAUGCAUAAUACCUUACCUUUUUUCCCAUACUUUCACGUAUUUCUUUAACAUUUGCCUCCACAAACUCUUGUUGAGUAUUAGCAUUGAUUAAAGUACCUUCAGCAAUACAUUCUUUGAUCGAGCUGCUCAGUCAAUAUUUGUCUUUCUUUUCAUUCUUUCUCAGUAUACCUGUUUUCCGGUGCUUUACCAAAUACAAUGGAAAUUGCGCUUCGUGAGUAUGUGUUGAAUCGUCCAUGAAUAACAACCGGCGACGCGUCCAAUUUCUGUUGUUCAACUUUGUAACUGCUCAACUGGUGCCAAAAGAUGGCAUCUACUGAAGAAUGGAAGGAUUGGAAUUGCAAUGCUCUUCCAAUGAGCAUUUCCAUUGUGUUUUUCUAUACCUUGGAUAUGUGCACUUGCAAGUAAUUGUUUGUAUCAUCAGUUCAAUACCUCCAUGCAUAGUGUUCAUUAAGACUCGUUAUACUUCUCACUUCAAAUACAAAGUGUAAACAAACAUUCGUUUACUGCAGUAACUUUAAAAUUAUGGAAUUUGAAACAAUAAUCAGUAGUUUAUUGACGACUGCUGUAUUGUUUAUUCAUAUUCGUCUGUAAAUGUUCAACAAGCUGGAAAUAAUAUCAUUAAACUUUUACUGAUUAUUUAGACAAACAGAACCAAUUAAGUUCAGAACUUUACUCUUUUGAUUUGGCAUGCUUCAUGCUUACGCUGUUACAUUGUCCACCCGUUCCAAUAUAUAGACAUAUCCGGUAGCUUUUGCUUCUUCCAAGGAGGACACUUUUAAAACCUUCUCAUCAUUAUAGAGAACCCAAACAUCUUGACCUUCAAUUUCUUUUCGAAUAAAUGCCACAUAGUGCCCUGCAUGUGCACUACCACCUUUAUGACUGAUUAUUGCUUUUAACUGGUAACUUGCGGGCAAAGAUUCUGAAUCCCAUUUAACUUUUUCAGCUUCCAUUGAUUCCCCUGUUUCAUCUAUUGUUUCUUCAUACGUCUCAUCGGGAUGACUAAAAAUCCAAUCAACAGCUCUUUCAACGUCAUUGUUCGUUUCCAAGAGUGCUCUUUUAGCUUGUACUUCUGAGAAUCCAAAUUCACGUAAAGAUUGGAUCUUAUCAUUGGAGACGGUAUUAUUUUUAGUUGCUUGCUUGAGUUCAGACAGGUCAAUAGGAUCAUCAAUUGUAGGGUCCUCCAUAUGCUCGAAAAGCCAAUUCAUAGCUGUCUCAGCGUCAGCAUUGUUCGUAGCCAACAUGGCCCUUUGGCAACGAACUAAAGGAAAGCCCAUAGCUUGAAGUUGUUCUAUGGCUUGUUCAUUCCAAUCGAUUGUAGGAGACCCUUCAGGCAGUAAUUCCUCAUCCUCGGGUCGAGGUUUCGCACGGAGGUGAUCUAGCUUGUACAGUCCUUCUUCCAAUACUUUAACGGGAAUCCCCAAUUUUCUAACUUGGGAAGCCUGGAUAUCAAAGCGAUUCACUUGUAAAGCUAGAGCCUUAGGGAAUGUUUUUAAGGAAAGUUGAGUUGUAGCCCCUUGUUUACUCUUACAAGCCUCGCAAGUAUAUUCCAUACUAUCAGGCUCGACCGCCUUAUCUAAACAUUCAUUCAGAGUUACUUCUUCAUAAAUUGCUUCGCCAUUUUCUUCUCCUAUUUUUCUUCGUGGAACAGGGAUUGUGAGCCCUUGAGAUGAAAAUGUCGAGUAACGUGCACGUUUACACGAAAGGCAAAGCAAUUUUUGUUCAAUUUCAAAAUCAAAAAGAGUAGAAAUAUCUGGUUUUCCAACGCUGUUUUUACGAAUCAAAUUUAAAAGAUAAACUAAGAAUUCAUAGGCAUCUUGCUGUUGAGCUGUACCAAAUUCUGCAUGAUCUUGACCAAUGAUGUCUUUAAACAUAUAAGGUCGUAAACCAUCUUGGAAAGGAAGCAUAGGAGAAGAGCCGGUUGUUUGACGUCCAAGCUCGCUUGGCUUGGAGAAUUUACCAGAGCAUAAACCUUCAGCCAACUUUGAAAGCUGGCACUGAAAAUUAGAGGCAGGAUUUUUACAGGUAGAAUUACAUGUAGUAAAUAAAUCCAGCUCAAAUCUAGCAAACUCUUUAAUGGAAAACAAAGACUGCAUAGUGGAAGCCAAAUAACAGCUGUUUCCUAGAUUUUUUAACCCCGUAAGCCCUGGUCCAAACAAACGAGUAGAACCUGACUCCUCUUCAGAAGUUCCAAAAUCCCAAUUUAGAUUCUGCUCUAAUUGUAGCUCUGCCAAUGACUUUUCUGUUUUAUUAAGCUUCUUUAUGUCAAUUUGGAAAACAGCCAGGUGGUCUUCAAUAUACGGGUCAAUUCUC